AUGUCGCGGAAGGUCGCUUUGCUUGCCAACGAAAAUCUCAUUAGGAAUGCGAGAAGCGAUUUUAACCUGAGUUCAACGCCUGACUAUACUGCUAUUAAUCAAGAAGCCGGCUUGAUCAGUCUGAACAAUUUUAAAAGCUUCAAGGCAAAUCGAUGGAUUGGUGGUUUAGUGGUUCCGAACAAAUCGGACUUCAUUCAAUCUGCCAGAGUUGAAGAACCAUCUGUUCCUGGAUCAAGAACAAACAAUGAUGUCAUCUAUGGCUCUGUACAUGUUGUCACAUGCAUUCCGAUGAGAAAAAUUGGUCCGAAAAAUAGAAUGGAUUUCGUUGAUAAGGUUACAAGCCAAGAUAUGCAGCAGCAGCAGCAGCAGCAACAUUUCAAUGUCGUUUUGGAAGAAAAUAGGAUGCAUUAA